CUAAAACGUGUGUAAAGGACAUUAAUCUCCCUCUCCCUAAAAUUUAAAAUCUCUCACUAAAAUUUGUCGCUGCAAAAAUAAAAAAAUAAAAGCCUUUAAAAAUUUAGCGGACUUCACAAAAGAAAUUAUGAGCUUUAAGCAGCAUCACUUACGCAAAUUUGACCACAAAACUAAAAUUAAUUAGCCUAAAUCUGAAUUAUGCUAAAUUUAAAUUAAAGUUACUUUGCUGGGUCAUUAUCCAAUUACCAUUUAUAUAUCAUUGUGCUAUAGUCCACAAGCUACGGAAUCGAACUACUUCAAGUUUGAUUUACUGGCAAGAGUUCUCAUAGUUUUGUUUAGUCCACUUCAACCUUCCAUUACUAUAUUCAAAAUCCCUUAUCUUGCCGCUUCAUUCUUUUAAUUUUAAACCAUGACAGAUAACAAUGAAAGUCAACCAUUAAUUGAUGCUGAUCCUUUAUCACAUUCAAGUUCAGGGAAGUCGUACAAUAGUGUGGAAUCAUUCCAUGGUUCGAAAUCUACUUCUGCUUUGAAUAAAGUUGCCUUUAGUUCCAACUACUUGAAUAACAAUUUUAACAGUGGGUUCAGAAAUGACUCAGCCAUGGUAUCUCAAGAAGACUUCUUAAGAAGUAAUUCAAUCAUGGAAUUACAUAGAUCAGCUACUGUCUCCCAAGUUCAAAAACCAUUAUUCCAUAGAUUAAUUGCUCAUCAAUUUUCAGUAUCAAAUGCAAGUUCACCUCAUGAAUUUCAAGGUGUAGCAAGAUCUGCUAGUUUCGCCAUCCCUAAUGAUCAAGCAAGUGUUUAUAGUGUAUCAGAUCAAGAUCAGAGAAGAAUGAGUAUAAUAAAUAUAUUAAGACCAACUCGUUUGAUUGGAAGUUAUAAAGCCAUUUGUAAUUGGUAUGACUAUCUAAUUGAUGAUAAAACCAUCAACUCAAGUAAAUCAAGUGCUAUUAGGGAAUAUUAUAGAGAACAAAACGAAAUUAUAGAACGAUUACAAGAAAUUGAUAACUUUUUAGAUGCUGGUAAAGUUCAUUAUAAUAUGUUGACCAAUUAUGGUACCGAUUCAAGAAUAUUAACAACUCAUGUGGAAGAUGAUGAAGAUGAAACCUUGGAUGACCAAACACCAAGCAAUCAUCACAACAAAUCAGGAUCAAGUUCAACCCCUGCUACAAGUCCGCGAGGUAAUGGUCGUACUCCAGAUGAUUUAGAACUGCAAUUAUCUAAAUCCAAAUACUCCAGAUUUUAUAUUGUACCUGGAAAUAUUGAUCAUGAUGGUUCUAAAUUUCUUGGUUAUGAUGAAGAAGCAGAUGCAGCUGAAGCUUAUACCGCUAUCAUGGUUAAUUUUUUCCUUAAUUUUCUUUUAUUAUGUGGGAAAGUUGUUGUCACUCUUUUAACUAAUUCCAUUUCCGUGGUUGCAUCUUUAGUAGAUUCUAUUUUAGAUUUCUUAUCAACCUUUAUUAUCUUUAUUGCUAAUAAAUUAAGUACAUCCAAAGAUUGGAGAGUAUUGAAUGCAUUCCCAGUUGGUAGAUCAAGAUUAGAACCAUUAGGUAUCUUAGUAUUUUCUAUCAUUAUUAUCAUUUCAUUUGCUCAAGUUGGUCAAGAAGCUUUUAAAAAAUUAGCAUUCAGUGCUCCUGAGGACAGAAUAGCGGCACAAAUGGGGCUCGACUCUAUAGCCAUCAUGACUGUUACAAUCAUUAGUAAAAUUGGUUGUUGGAUAUGGUGUUCUAAAAGUAAAUCAAGUUCAGUGCAAGCUUUAGCUCAAGAUGCUGAAACUGAUAUAGUAUUCAAUUUAGUUUCAUUAUUAAUGCCAACUGUGGGAUUUUAUUUGGAUAUUUGGUGGUUAGAUCCAUUAGGAGCUGUAUUAUUGUCAUUUUACGUCAUUUUUGGAUGGAGUAAAACUGCUUUUGAACAUAUUAAUAAUUUAACUGGUGCAGCAGCUGAUCCAUUAGAUUAUAAAAUCAUAUUAUAUCUUGCUUAUAGAUUUGCCGAACCAAUUGAACAUAUCACGGCAUUAAAGGUUUAUCAUGUAGGUGAUAACCUUAACGUUGAGAUUGAUAUUGUGUUUGCAAAGGAAAAAUAUGAACUUUCAUUUAAAGAUUGUCAUGAUAUAGCUGAAGCUUUACAAUAUUCAAUAGAAACUUUACCUAUGGUCGAAAGAGCCUUUGUUCAUAUUGAUUACAUGGAAGGAAACUUCAAAGGACAUCUUAAAUGAUCUCACCUUACAUAUAUAUAUAAAUCUAUCUAUUUAUUCU